AUGUCGGAGAAUUCAAACAAGGCUCCCGAGAUCGGCCUCUCCGCUGGUAGCGUUCUAGGACCUGGGGAAGAGACCUCCGCAUCCGAAAACGAGCUGCAAGAGCCACUUAGCCUAGGACAGAAGCCAAGAGAGUUCCGGUUCUUCGACCUGCCACACGAGUUGCGCGAUCUAGCAUACAGCUUCGCUUGGCCAGAUGAUGCGCCCCGAAAUGCGACCAUCCGCCAUUCGCCCACUAGUGAUGACUGUACCGUUGUAUUCUCUGCUGGGAUUCCGAGCCGUGUCAAUCGCCAAUUCCACACCGAGACGUUCCCGUAUCUUCUCAAGGGGCACCGAAUCCUCGUCGACGACUCCGUCAAACUUCGAGGUUUGAUCAAGUGGCUUUCAUCUAAUCCUACCGGCUCCAGCUUUGACGCAAUUCGGCAUCUCCGAUUCACAGGCAACGAAAUUUCAUCUCGUUGGGCAAGCCCGAAAUGCUUCUCUUCGCGCUCCCACAAUCUACAACUCCUGCCAAAUCUCGUCAUCAACGAAGAUAUCGAGUUCAUGAAACUAUGCCCUCGUCUCACAACGGUCCACUUUGAUAAUCACCUUUGGAAGCUUCGUUCGCUGGUCGGUCGCUAUUAUGCGCAGCUGUUCGGCCCCUUUCAAACUCUGACCGACGCCGUCAAUUUCUUCCAUUUGGAUGGACUGUUCGAGUGCUCGAAUCUGGAAAAGAUCGUGAUCUACCGCCGCGCUAUCAAUACCACAGUCGAUGAAGAAUUCGCAGAACGGCUUCAGAAAGGUUUCAUGGAGCGUGGAAGGAAGGUUGCGAUAAGAGUUACGGGUUAAUGAGAGGGGUAGUGUGCCCUUUCCUGGUGCCCACGAUUUGAUACGUUGACGCUAGUUCCUCCAGACGUUCAGCUAUGAAGGUGAAGGGAUCAGCCGGGAUGAAUUCUCUCACGGAAACAGGAAUGGAAUUUUCCCAUCUGGAGAACGGAGAUGCUCAAAGGACUAUUGAAAUGUGCGAGUCUGUAGUUCCCGAGCGGUACUCAAAGGUAUAACAGAGGGAAAGUACUGCUUAGGCUGAAGAAGCGACAAAUUAAUAGCCAGAAAUAUGCGGCCUCGGCUUAGCUCUAGCCUGCUUCUUCGAAUGAUCAC